AUGGAAGCUAUUGAUGAUAUAUUAGAUAUUUUUCAUGAAUUCUCUAUCCUCGAAAUAGAGGAACUAAAUAAAGAGUUAUUAUUGAAAGUGAAAGAAUUAGAAGAAAUGCAUAAAGCAAUACAUUUCAAACAAUCCACACUCGCAUCUAUAGAAGCUAAAUUCGAAGAGAUCAAUCUUUUAGCUGAAAAUUUCAUUGAAGAACAUAAGAAGCUGUCUUCGGAAUUGGAAGAAGAAACGGCUAAACGAAAGCGGAUUAAAAAGACAAUAAAUCAGCUUAAUGCACUCAAUACCGAUCGUGCUAAAAUUGAAAUUUCAGCGAAUGAUAAAAUUAAAAUGGGAAAGAAAAAAGCUAAAUUAGAUCUGAUGAAGAAACUUUCGAAAGCAAUUUUCUAUGAUCAAUCGAAAGGAUUUCUAAUAAAUCCAAACAGUUUAGAUAUAAAGUUAUUUGAAUUAGCAAAGAAGAAUACGAAGAAACAGAAUCGAGAUAUUCUUUGGGAUAGCAUUGGUCAAAUUUCUCAAUUUAACAAUGAAUGGGAACAACUUUUCGAUAACUGA